AUGAGCCACGAUGCUGCUGUCCUGGCCUUGCUGACCGACUCGUUCUGCCCCUGCCAUGGAAAUAAAGAAGUGUUCUCCUGCCGAGGUAUCCUUCUGGCUGUCCAGUGGUUUUGGGACAGGGGACACAAGGAUAUUACAGUCUUUGUGCCAUCCUGGAGAAAGGAGCAGCCACGACCAGAUGUACUUAUAACAGACCAGUACAUUCUCCGUGACCUUGAAAAGAAGAAAAUUCUGGUCUUCACUCCUUCCAGACGGGUUGGAGGGAAGCGUGUUGUCUGUUACGAUGAUCGGUUCAUUGUGAAACUGGCACAUGAGUCUGAUGGCAUCGUGGUGUCCAACGACACCUACCGGGACCUGCAGAACGAGCGUCCUGAGUGGAAGAAGUUCAUUGAGGAGCGCCUGCUGAUGUACUCCUUUGUGAACGACAAGUUUAUGCCUCCAGAUGAUCCUUUAGGGCGACAUGGCCCCAGCCUGGAUAACUUUCUCAGAAAGAAACCUUUGGUGCCAGAACACAAGAAACAACAGUGCCCUUAUGGGAAGAAAUGCACUUAUGGAAUUAAGUGUAAAUUCUACCACCCUGAAAGGAUCAAUCAGCCCCAGCGCUCAUUAGCUGAUGAACUCCGAGCCAAUGCAAAGUCGUCUCCUACCAGUACCAGUGCCUUGGAUGACAAAAAGGGCAAAAGAGGUUCCCAGGCAGAGCUCUUGUGCUCUGUGCCCACAGAGAGUGAUAAAAGCUCCCUGCAGAAGGUCUCUGCAGAGUGGAAAAGCUCGGCCCACAAAACAAAGCCCAAUGAUGCUCCAGUGCAGGUCAAAGGCUGCGUGUCAGGCAGUGUCCCUCCCAGCAGUGGGAGCCACAGGUCCUCUGACAGGUACCAGCAGCCUCACAUGGACUCUCUGUCUUACCUCUCUCAGGAGCAUCUUGACUCAGGCAUUGGGUCUCUGGAGAACCAACUGUCUGACAUGUGGCCUUACAGAUCUGCCAGUCACUGUGACCAUUCCCAGGCGGACCCGGUGGCAGUCUGUGCCUGCUGCCGGCAGAGACCCGUCUACCCACACUCUCCCAGCUUAGAGCAAAAUGGUCUGGUCCCCUACAAGCCUGGUUCCCACAAAUCCUCUUCCUCUGGUUCUAGCUUCAUGCAGUACAGCCCUGAGCUCUCUCACUCGGGCCCCCCUCGCUCUUUCCCAGGCUAUGCAGUGCCCGUGGCCGGUGCUGGGCAGCACAGCCUGCCUGCCGAGUACGGCGCUGCGCCGCACUCCCGCGACUUCUGGUCUGAGCCCUACGCGCUGCCUCAGGUGAGACCCCCGGCUGUGCGGGACCCCCGCCCCGUGCCCAGGGCCCCAGGGGCAGCCUAUGGGGACUCCUGCCAGUGGGCUGUGUCUGACCAGUUUGCAGAGGAGCGAGCCAACGUGCAUGUCAAGCUGUGUGGCAUAUUCCAUCCCCACCUGGUUGAUGCUGUGAUGAGCCGCUUCCCUCGGCUCUUGGAUCCCCAGAAGUUGGCUGCCGAGAUCCUGACCUACAAGUCUCAGAACCCAGGUAUCUGA